AUGGGUUGUUGUCAUUCCAAAAUAGAGAGGGAAGAAACGGUGUCUCGUUGCAAAGCAAGGAAGCGUUACAUGAAGCAGUUUGUGCAAGCAAGACACGCUUUUUCUGCAGCACAUGUAAUGUACAUUCGCUCACUUCGUGCAACUGGUUCUGCUUUGCUUCAGUUUGCAAAUGCUGAAACCACCGUCCUCCAUCACCACCACCACCUUCCGCCUGAUCCUCAGCCCAUUCUCCCACCGCCGCCGCCGCCGCGAACCCCCACCCCAAUGCCGCCGCCUCCGCCUCCGCCGAUGAGUCCGAGUUCGUAUACGUGGACAUCGGACACUACCUCCUCCCCUGCUCUUCCUCCUCCUCCUCCUCCGCCGCCGCCGCCGGUGUCUUCGUCAACCUGGGAUUUCUGGGACCCCUUCAUGCAGCCGGCGGCGGGUCCGAUUUCUCGGUCGGCGACGGAGGAGGAGUGGGAGGCAACGACCACCACGGGUUCUGAGGUGGUGGUGAUGGCGGCCGCGAGCAUGACGGCUCCGCCGUCUGUGGUGAGUGGGUUUUCGAAGGAGACAGCUAGUGAGCUUGCAAUGGUGGUUUCAAGGAACAGCAAGGAUCUUGUUGAGGUUAUGAAAGAGCUUGAUGACUAUUUUCUGAAAGCUGCUGAUGCUGGUUCGCAUGUCUCUUUGCUCCUUGAAGUUCCAAGUUCUGGCUUUUCUGAUCACAGUAAAGCAAGUAAAGUGCACAGCUAUGGAUGGAGUCUGAGUCCAUCGUUGUGGGCUUGGGGUUCUAGUCCAAAACUGAAUGGAUUUGGCAAGCUGGCUGAGGGAACUCCUGUUUCUGUCGGUACUUUUGGAGAUAAUGGAGGUGGAAGUGGUGGACACUGCUCCACUGUGGAGAGGCUAUAUGCAUGGGAGAAGAAAUUGUACCAAGAGGUUAAGAAUGCCAAGACUAUAAAGAUGGAGCAUGAGAAGAAGGUGGCACUGCUUAGGAAGCUAGAGAUGAAGAGGGCAGACUAUGUUAAGACAGAGAAGACAAAGAAAGAAGUCGAGAAAUUAGAAUCACAAAUGAUGGUUGCUUCUCAGGCCAUUGAUAGUACAUCUGCUGAAAUCAUCAAAUUAAGGGAGAUAGAGCUCUACCCUCAACUCAUUGAACUUGUCAAAGGAUUAAUGUGCAUGUGGAGAAGCAUGUAUGAGUGCCACCAAGUCCAAAAGCAUAUAGUUCAGCAACUAGAGUACCUCAAUACCACACCAUCAAACAACCCCACAUCUGAGAUUCAUAGGCAAUCAACUCUUAAGCUGGAACUAGAAGUACAACAAUGGCAUCAAUCCUUCUGCAACCUCUUCAAAGCCCACCGUGACUACAUUCAAUCCCUCACAGGUUGGUUAAGGCUCAGCCUUUUCCAGUUCAGCAAAAACCCUUUGCGCAGAACCCCUGAGGAAUCAAAGAUAUACUCCCUUUGUGAAGAAUGGCACCUUGCUGUUGAUCGAAUUCCAGAUAAGGUAGCAUCUGAAGGAAUAAAAAGCUUGUUAACAAUUAGUCAUGCCAUUGUGGUUCAACAGGCAGAGGAGCAUAAACAGAAGAAGAAGUCAGAUUCUGCAUUUAAAGAGCUUGAGAAGAAGGUGGUUCAGCUUCGGUCCUUGGAGAGCAAGUACGGUCCAUACUCCAUGCCUGAAUCCUCCGGUACCAUGAGAACCAAGGACCCCAUUGUCGAGAAACGCGCAAAGGUGGAAGCUUUGAGAGGAAAGGCAGAGGAAGAGAAGAGCAAACAUGAGAAGUCGGUGAAUGUAACUCGGGCAAUGACACUGAAUAACCUGCAAAUGGGUUGCCCGCAUGUUUUUCAAGGGAUUGUGGGGUUUUCAAGUGUCUGCAUGGAGGUUUUUGAAUCUGUAUACAACAAAGCCAAGGUUACUGAACAGGAGCAUGACGAUUAUGUGCCGACUGUUUUUGACAAUUUCAGCGCAAAUGUGGUUGUCAAUGGAAGCAUUGUUAACCUGGGUUUGUGGGACACUGCUGGACAAGAGGAUUAUAACAGAUUAAGACCUUUGAGUUACCGUGGUGCCGAUGUUUUCAUUCUGGCUUUCUCUCUCAUAAGUAAGGCCAGUUAUGAAAACGUCUCUAAAAAGUGGAUUCCAGAGUUGAAGCAUUAUGCGCCUGGUGUCCCAAUAAUUCUGGUUGGCACAAAGCUUGACCUCCGGGAUGAUAAACAGUUCUGCACAGACCAUCCUGGUGCCGUGCCUAUUACCGCAGCUCAGGGAGAAGAGCUUAGGAAGCUGAUUAAUGCACCCGCAUACAUUGAAUGCAGUUCAAAAACACAGGAGAACGUGAAGGCAGUCUUUGAUGCAGCCAUAAGAGUUGUCCUUCAACCACCUAAGCAGAAGAAAAAGAAGGGUAAAGCGCAAAAGGCCUGUUCCAUAUUGUGAUUCACUAGGUGUUAACAUUUGACUGCCCUGCCCUUUGUUCUACCUGUAUUACCCUCCCCUUCUUUCUUUUCAUUAUUUCUUUGUUAUUGAAGAAGUUGGAGUUUAUGUGGGUGUUCUUCAGACAAAUCUCUAGAUCUCCUUGAAGCAUAAGGUGGUUUACUGCUUUGCUUUCUUUGAAUUAUUGUCAACUCUAAUAGUCAAAUUUGCAUUCCAUGGUUC